UAGAUCCACACAGGUUUACAGCACCAGAUAAUUUGGCCGUGCCAGCCCAGCUGUGUGCCACUGGAUGAGAAACUCCUCCCAGAGCUACUGCAAGAGGCGGGAUACGUUACUCACAUGGUGGGGAAGUGGCAUUUGGGGAUGUACAGAAAAGAAUGCCUUCCAACCCGCAGAGGAUUUGAUACUUACUUUGGCUACCUUCUGGGGAGUGAGGACUAUUAUUCUCAUGACCGUUGCGUCCUCAUCAAAGCAAAGAACAUAACGCGCUGCGCUCUGGACUUCCGAGAUGGAGAAGAAGUUGCAACUGGGUUUAAAAAUAUGUACUCUACUAAUUUAUUCACAGAAAGAGCUAUAGAUCUUAUAGCCAAUCAUAAAACUGAGAAGCCCCUCUUUCUCUACCUCGCUUUUCAGUCUGUCCAUGAACCUCUCGAGGUCCCUGAAGAAUACAUGAAACAAUAUGUUUCCAUUAAAGAUGUAAAGAGGCGCCAUUAUGCAGGGAUGGUGAGUCUAAUGGAUGAAGCUGUAGGAAAUCUUACUGAUGCUCUGAAAAGAUAUGGUCUUUGGGACAACACAGUUCUUGUUUUCUCUACUGAUAAUGGAGGACAGACUUUGGCAGGUGGGAAUAACUGGCCUCUGAGAGGAAGAAAAUGGACCCUCUGGGAAGGAGGAGUGAGAGGAGUAGGCUUUGUUGCAAGUCCUUUACUGAAACAAAAAGGCAUAGAAAGUCAUGAACUCAUCCAUAUCUCUGACUGGCUGCCAACGCUGGUGCACCUUGCUGGAGGACAUACCAAUGGCACUAAGCCUUUGGAUGGCUUUGAUGUUUGGAAGGCUAUCAGUGAAGGAAGACCUUCCCCCAGAGUGGAACUGCUGCAUAACAUAGACCCCAUGUUUGUGGAUGACUUCCCAUGUCUUGGCAUUGACAACAGGACAUCUUUACCAAAGAGCAAUUCUUCUCCAUGGGAUGAUACACUUUUCAAUAUAUCCAUGCACGCAGCAAUCCGACGUGGAAAAUGGAAGUUACUAACUGGAUAUCCAGGCUGUGGUCAUUGGUUCCCUCCACCAUCUUUGUUCAAUGAGUCAAAGAUUCAAUCACCUGAUCCACCAACAAAGAGACUUUGGCUAUUUGAUAUUGUUCAUGAUCCUGAGGAGAAAAAUGAUUUGUCUGAAAAAUAUCCUCAUGUGGUGGAAAAACUGCUCUCACGGCUUCAGUAUUAUUAUAAACGUUCAGUGCCUGUGUUCUACCCUGAUGAGGAUCCCCACUGCGAUCCAGCAGCAACUGGGGCUUGGGGCCCUUGGGCAUAGUGCACAGCACUGCGAUUUGCAAAACAACCCUGUAACAGAGUCUGGGUUAUGGACUCAGGGUCCUAGUCACAUAUUUCUUACCUUGUUUAUUAAACUGUUGCCAAUUAUGAGUUCAUUCCUUGAGUAAUUCAGUAUUUCUUACUCUUAAAAUAUGCUCAGAGUCUUAUUUCAGUCUUCUCCCACUCUCUCCUUCCCAAGAAUUUUAUGUGAAAUGUUCGUAAAAUUAUAAAUCCUGUUGUUCAAAUAUUCUUUGUUCAGGAUAUGCUUUUAAUGCAGAAGGUAAAACAUUGCCCCCUCCUUGAAAGAGAUUACCCUUCUUAAAAAGCUGCAGUGAAUCAUGGCAGCAGGGACAUCAAGAAGCAUCCAUCUUGUGGAAUAAGCUGACGUUGGUUUCUUGUUUGUCCAGAAGACAAAUUCUACUGGAAGCUGUUACAUAUCUGUAAAGAACAGAAAAAAAUACAACAGUUGGCAUAAUGAUUUUUGCCUUUAACAUGCACCUCCAUCCAGAAAAAGAAACAGAUGGAAAUCUCCCACGGUAAAAAACCCCAAAACCUCUCAGAAUACACCAAAAUCCCUAAUCCUUGUUUGCUGUUAAUCUAUCAAACUGGAGGAGAGAGUGGUGCUCAACUGAAGUGUAGGGCUGUCAGUCAGAGGGAUCUUGACAGGCUGAAGAAAUGGGUGAACAAAUACUUAAUGAAGUUCAACAAAGGCAAGCCUUGCACUUGGGGUGGAAGAGCCUUGUGCAGGAGUACACACUGGGCUAUGACCAGUGAAAGCAUUGAAAGCAUUUUUGUGGGGAAAAAAAAAUCUAGGUGUUCUGCCAGAUAAUAAAUAGAACAAGAGUUGCCAUGUGCUGUCUUGGUGAAGACCAACCACAUGUUGGUCCAUAUAAGUGAGAAUAUAGCCAGCACAUUAGGGGAAGUGUUUAUUCUCCUAGCAUAGCAUCACAUUUUGGGCUUCCCUGUACAAGUAUUGACAAAUUGGAGUGAGUCCAGUGGAGCAUCGUGAAGAUGAUCACCGGGAGGAGAGCAAAUGAGGCGACGCUAAAGAAAUGGUUUAGUUUAUGCUGGAGAAGUAAGAGAAAGGGGAAAUUGCUAUCUUCAUCUACCUAAUAUAAGGGCAUAGAGAAGAUGAAGCCAGACUCUUCUCAGAGGUGCACAAUGGUGAGAAGCACACAGGGAACACAUGGCAUUCCAGUUCAAUAUAAGAAAAAAAUCACACCAUGAGGUCAGUCAAAUAUGGGAACUGUGAGCAUAUGGCAUUCCUAUGCUUGGAGAUGUUCAGUCCUUGGUCAGAGAAGACCCUGAAGUUGGAUCGAAUUUGAAGUUGGCCCUGCUUUGAUGGUAGCGGUGAGGAGCAGCCACAUGACCUCCAAAGAGCCCUUUCUGCAUGAAUUUCAGUGAUUCUGUGAUGAACAAAACCUUACUUUUAUUGACUGCCUAGUGAGUGCCCUUUCUUCUCAGAUUUUGUAGUAUCUUUAAUACCAUAGUAGAGACUGUUUUCAUCCUGAAGUGGGCUCUGAGCCAUGAAGAAACCAGGCCAAGCAACAUUUCCCGAUUACUCAUCAAAUUGAUGCAAGAUCAACCCACCAGCUUUCUUAGUGUCUUAAAACUCUGGAGUCUGGCCAGAGUUCUGGUACUGCUUCUCAGUGUCCUUAGCCAAAUUCUCAGGCUUCAGAGCUCUAGCUGUCAUCCUCUCCAGAAAGCAGGGAUCUAACUGCCUAUUUUCUGGCUCCAAGAACAAUUUCUGUAAUUUGCACACCUUUUCCCAGGUUUCCCUUGGGCGACUUGUGCUAAUUGUUAGCAAGUGGAUUCAUGAAGAGACAGACUUGACAGAAUUUUUGCAUUUUUAUAGAUAGAAAGAUAAAGCAUGGAAAAGAUGAAACUUCAUAAAACUGAAAAUGAACAGCAAUGCCUGCUUUCUGAUACAGCUGAUUCUCUGUUGCACUGUCUUAAGUCUAGCUUGCCUUUUCCACCUUUGACGUUUUCCUACAAGUAGAAGUGAAGCCAAAGCUCUCCAGAAGCCUGUUCAGCUGCCUUUUACUCUGUUUCUCUCUCUCCUUUGUCACUUCUGCUCCUUUAUUUCAGUAGUUUUUCUAUUUUAUUUCAUUCACUCUUUUCAGCCUUGAAGAUGGGGAAAGAAGAAAAUUACUUUGGGAGGAAAUAAUUCUCUUCAUUGGGCAAACACAUACGCUCUGGAAGAUUGGUUGGAUAUUUUUUGGAACCCUGUUUCAGACCAAGGUUCAAUACCCUUCUCCAUUCACUGAUCAGUGGCUGCAAGCAGAUGGUUGCAGCAGGAUAUGACAUGGGCAAGCAUAUGUGAUAAGCUCUUCAGAUUGUCCCUCACCUUCUAAAUGAUUGCUCAGAGCUUCAGAGAUUUAACUUCUAUGUAUUUAGUUGCCUUUAGAGUUUUUUUUCUCUUCUGUGAGGUUGCACAACCCUUCAAUUGGGGUCCUUGGACAUAGUGCACAGCCUUACAAUACCUUGGUUGGUAUUCACACAAUUGCAUGUUUCCACAGCUUAACUAGACACUGUGUGAAGAAUCUUCUGUUUGUUUGUGACCUGCUUCCAGGUAAUCUGAAUUUUCACUGGCAAAAGACAUAUGCUGUGACAGAAGCUCUUACUAUAUUUAGCAACUUUCAUAUUAAUCAAUGUCUUUAAAAUAUCAAAAAGAAUUAAUUUGUGUGUUCUGCAAAGGUAGUCUCCAGACUGAUACCUGAUGACCUCUCCUUCCAUUUCAUGAAACACAUUUAAGCUUCUCUUUCUAUCAUUUGUGACUGUUCACUCAACUCCUGCCCAGAUUUUUGGCUAACAAACAGCUCAUGCAAAGGCAUGAUGUGUGUAGGGAGCAGCCCCAUUAAGGCAAAGCGAGACCAACAGGAAGGGCUACAGGUCAUUAUACAGCCGUUAUCACCUGCAGUUUAGAGUCUCCAGCAGCCAUAAUCCUUGCUAUGGAUUGUCUGGCAGUUCCUUCAGAAUCCACUAAUUUACAGAAAGGGUAUAAAUCAACUUCCAAGAUAGGAGGUAUAAAUACGUCAGCUUAGCCAAAAGGCUUUUGAAGCAUAUCCAACAGCAGCCAGACCUCUGAGGCUUUCGUGCUUCCCACUGUGGUACAGGGGAGGCCUGCACCAUGACAGAGGAGGAAGGAUGAGCACUCUCAUCAUCAAUACUUACAUAGGUAAGUAUUUUUCUUAUAGGUGCAUGAGUUGUGAGUUACGAAUUAGAUGACUUGUGAGUUAAAAACCUCAUGAAUUAAGGGAUGAGCUAGUGAAUUCACAUGUUAGACUAGUCUGUACGAAGGGGAUUGAGACCUUGUUUGAUGUGUGUCUUUGUUUUCUUUCCUAAUGAGCUCAUAAAAUAAUUUACAGUAUAUGUUGUCCUGUAAAUUUGAGAGAUCCAAACAGACUGUGACCAUCUUGGCUUCGGAGCACAGCAGCAUUUCACUUCUGAGCUUGUGAAGUUUCUUUAUGAUAACUGAGGCUCAGGC